GGCGGAGGAGAAGAAGGAGAAGCGGCGGCGGCGUUUGUGGAGGGUCUUCCUCGACGCGCGCGUCCAGGAAAAUGUCAGCUGCUGACGACUUCUCGCUGGCGGAUGCUCUGCCGGACACGUCUCCUGCCAAGAACGCCUCCUUGGGCAACACGAAACCUGCUCAGCAACCCGGCCAGCCCCCCCAAGCCUGGCCAGCUUCCAACCCCUGGAACAACCCGCCGAGCGCUCCCCCCGCGGCCAUGUCGGGGCUGCCUCCCAGCACGUCCACCUCCAACGUGCCUUUUGGACCCCCUCCCACGGGAAUGUACCCUUCCCUCCCCCCUGGAGCCCCUGCUCCCUUCCCUCCUCCUGGGUCGACUUGCCCCCCUCCCGGCACCCCUUACCCGCCCCCGGGCCCUGCCCCACCUGGGCAGUACCCUCCUCCGGGCAUGUCCUUCCCAGAACUCCCCAGGCCCUAUGGGGGCCCAGCAGAGCCGGCCGCGCCCCCUGCCGCCGUAGGGCCGUGGGGGUCCAUGUCUGCCGGAGGGGGGUGGGGGCCCGCCGUGGGGGGUCAGUACCCUGCGCCUAGUGUGCCGUACCCACCCCCAGGGCCGUAUUCCACUCCGACCCAGGCACCAGGGGCCGCUCCUACAGUGCCGUGGGGUGCCGUCCCCCCUGGACCAUGGGGGCCUUCGCCACCAGCCCCAUUUCCCCCGCCCACAGGGUCCUAUCCGGCUCCAGGACUGUACCCAACGCCACCGAAUCCCUACCAAGUGCCACCUGCGCCCGCUGGAGCUCCGUCCAUGCCGGGGGGCCUACAUCCUUACCGUUGAACUUGUGCCGGGCUGAUGAAGUGCAGUCUCCUCACCUACAACUGCUAUUUACAAGAGAAGUUAAACAUUCGUUUUCUGUAACCUUUUGGAGUCUCACAAGAGCUCGCUCACUUUCUGCCUGCUCAUCUGAGGCACGGAGGAGGACUCUGCGUAAGCUGGACUCUGUUCAAAUGCUGAAGUAACCUUUUUGUUUGUCAGUGAAUUAGGAUAAAACAUGCCCCAGCUGCCCAGUCUUUACUUGGGAGGUGAGGACCCCACCUUGGAAUAUGCGGCUGUUUGCCCAGUGAGUUAGGACUGCUCCAGAAUAGUCCAGGAAUUUGAUGGAAGGCCUGGGCCCAUCGCCAUUGCUGGACUUGUGUCUGUGUGUUCAGGUUAUUCAAUUAACUCGGUGUAUUCUGGAGAAAUUCAGGCUAGACACAUAACAAGUCACUCGUCAAACUGAAAAGAAGCAAACCAUGUUAAUCCGGAGGCAAUUCUCAACAUCACAUUCAAUUUUUCUUUAGCUAUGUUCUGGGAGGUAGUUGCAGAGAUUUAGAUCUGACACUUGAUGUCUAGCUCCUGCAGGCAGCUGUGAACAUCGUUGCACCGCCCAAUUUAGGCGUUCGGGCAGUUCGGAUAGAUAUUAUGAGGGCCGAACCUGCCAGCCGAAUUAGACUUCACCGUUUUCAUUAAGAGAAUGGGUUUUCCCUCUGAGAUGCUCCAUAUGUUAAAUCUAGGGCCGAAACUGCCGUUGGCUUGACUGAUGAGCCCUGAUAACUUUUUGGUUGUUUUUGUCCUUCACAUCUGCAAAUGGAAUUAAAAUGUUUAUUGUAGGGGGGAGGCAGGAAUCCGACCAGAAUAAUCCUCUUCUUGCUUAGUGGCUACAGAACCCAUGGUCCUUGCAUAACCGCUACCCUCACUUGGGAACCGAUUGUGUCUAUUACCAGAACUCCACAAAGCGCAGUUGCACAGUUCUUCACCUGAGUGCUGUCGUCUUGUUCCCAAAUCAGAGUCUAAUAUCGGAUUAAAUAGGAAGAUCGUUCUGCAGCAGCGGGUGUCUCCUGAAGUCUGUUCUCAGGCCGUCUCGGUUCAACAAAGUAAAUUGUGUAUAGCCAACACCGGACAGUGGUUGCAGCAGCAGUUUUAACUUGCCUGUGUGUGUACUUUCCCCUUCCAUUCUGGCUUCUCAGAGUUUGUUCCCUAGGCUCAAGUAAACCUCUCCUUCAAACAGACCCUGUAGGGAUGGCAUCGUGUGCUCAUCUGGUUGCUGUUGGCAUCAGCAAUGUUGCAGCACAGGGCAGCCUUGCAAAUAAAUCCACAGUUUAGUUGUCUGCAAAACCGGCUGUGUCGUCUGUUUAACAAGCCUCUGUCUGCUCAUCCAAAGGCAGUUCUUUAACUCUUCAUAGGCUAGUGGCUAUUUAGAAGCCACCUGCGGGAAACUGCUCUGCAGGAGGGCACUCUGUUGCUCAUCGGUGUCGCAUCCCUGAGAAUUGCAAGGCUGGGUGGAGUAGAGAUGAGGAUGAAGAUGUUCUUCUCUAGCGGCUGCAAAAACACACAAAAAAUGAUUAAUCAUUGCAGGACUAGGUUUAUCCUUUGUAUCCCUUCUGACUCUACGAUUCUGUGCUGCGGAGUGGGCAUGGAACAGGGAGUUUAAACAAACAAAAUAAAAUAUCUGCAUGUGUGGAAUUGAGGGGCCCUUCCAGUCUUUGCUUGUGUAAGUUUGUGGCCAGCGUUUAUUUCCCCAUGGCUGCGUGUUUUCCUUCCGUGUUGCGCUUCUCUGAUGGGGAUAUAGCACCCUCCCAGAAAUUCAGAGCCUAGUAUUUCCUUGGUUGUGGGGAUGGGAGAAUGCAUUCCCACCUCCCCACCCCCGGCUAGCACAUUCAUUGUUGUUGUGAUUUCCUCGGUGGUAUGUGACUCCGCAACACCCGCAACUAUCGGAUAUUGUUCGGUGUGGUAAUUGAGGUUGGUGAUGGGUGACAGUUCCCCUCUCCAUCCCCAACUCCACCAGUUUUGUCAAGAACUCCAAGCCUAAUAAACCCUGAAGUAAAAGUCCUGCUAACCUUUCAAAAAAAAAAAGGGCAGGGGGAAGCAACCUUUGGCUUAUGUUCUAAUAUGGCUCUUUGAAGGCUGUGUGCUGUGCUGCUUCUGUGCUAGAAAGCCCUGUCCUGCCCCCCCCCCUGCACAUUCAGCAAAGUUAUUUGUUCUCCUGUUUGGAUGGGGUGCAUUAUUGGCACUGAACAGGGACCUGCCAUAGUAUGAAAAGCUAAAAUGAAGUGUGGACAUGCAUUGACCUAUGGAAAGGCCCCAGAAUCACCGUUAGCACUCGGAGUCGUUUACCGUAAUUGCCAUUCCAUCAGGUUUUGGACAGGGCGGGAGUGGUUUGUUCCAGGUCCAAAGCGUGCGAGCUUCUGAGGUGCGCAGGAGAGAAAUGCGAAUGUACCUACCAUAGACCAGCCUAAGACGACCCACUUGUAUGUCUUCUGUGUGCUUU